AUGGGUCAUGUUAAGAGGAGAAUCCCUGCCCCUGUCCCCCCAUUCAAAAUUGGAAGGCUGGCACUCAUAUGUGCCAUCAAGGAAAUCCACUACUUCCAGAGCUCUACCAAGCUAAUCUUGCUGGUGGCCCUGUUCCAGCAAUUGGUUUGGGAAAUUACUUUGUUCUGUCAUCAAGAACAUGAAUAUUGCUGGCAACAUACUGCUAUUAAGUCACUUCAGAAGACAGCUGAAGCAAUCUUGUGCACUCUGUUUGAGUGCUCUGUUAUGGCAAUGGUGCACUAUAAGCAUGUUACAGUUAACAUCAACAAUAUGAAGCUUGUUCUUGGUAUCAGUGCUAAAAUUGGGUCAAACUAUUUCAGCCUGAUUGAUACAUCUGAUCACUCCACCCCUGUCACCACCAUCUGCUGCCUGCAUGCUGCUCCCACCCCACCAACUACUGCUGCUGCCACUCCACCACCACCACUACUGCCCACCACUACCUUCCUGCCUCCCCCUGGUGCUGUCAGGGUCUCUGCCCAUCAAAUGGCAGAUAUUAGAGCCCCUGUCCAGUUCACAAAGCCAGUUCUGGAGGAGCAGGAGAAGAAGGAGGAGGAGAAGAAGAAGAAGAGGGAGGAGAAGAACAAUAAUGAUAAUGAAGAUGAUGAUGAUGAUGAUUAA